AUGUCUCCCUCCCUCCAGCUCUCGAUCCCCACAACCUCCCUUGCCACCUCUCCCGGCAAGCCCCACACCCUCUACCACAUCAACCUCCGCCUCCCCCUCCGCACGCUCACCGUCGCCAAGCGCUACAACGACUUCCUCACCCUACACUCCCAACUCACCUCCACCGUCGGGUCCCCCCCGCCCCUCAACCCGCCCCCAAAGUCCUACUUCACACGCACAAUCUCCAACCCAGCCCUCACGGAGAACCGCCGCAUUGAGCUCGAAGCCUACCUCAACGCCAUCCUCACGAGCCCCGACGACCGCUGGCGCUCCUCCCCGCCAUGGCGCACCUUCCUCACCCUCCCCAGCAACUGGUCCGCCAGCAGCAGCAGCAGCACCUCCCUCCCGCCCACCCCCACCAUCGCCAACCACCCCAUCACCGACCCCGCCCACUGGCUCGACACCCACCGCGAGGUCAAAACGCUCCUCCACGACGCCCGCAUGUUCCUGGCCAAGCGCGACCAGGCCGCCAGCGCAAACGACCAAUACGAGGCCUCGGCGGGCGCCAAGCGCUGCCUCGUGCGCUCAUCGACGCUCAUCGCCGCGCUCGACACGGCCCUCAGGGACGGGCGCAUGGGCAGCAACAACAAGGAGGGGGGCGGCGGCGAGCUGCUCGACGGCGAGAUCCGCCGCCGCCGGGACCUGGUUGCCGCGGCGCGCAAGGAGCGCGACGGGCUGGAGUCGCUCGCAAACUCGAUGGCGAGUCGGCGGGUGCCGGCCGCGGCCGAUAACGACCGUGGGGCGCUGUUCGUGGGCGCGACGACGACGGCAGGAGGGCGGCCGAGGGUGGGUGGCGGGAGGGUGCUGGGCGCGCCGCUGCCAGAGACGGAUAAGACGCGCGAGCUGGAUAAUGGCGGGCUGGUGCUGCUGAAUGAGCAGUACAUGCGCGAGCAGGAUAAGGCCGUCGAGGGCCUGCUGGGGAAUGUGACGCGGAUGAAGGAGAUUGGGAUGGCGAUUGGGGGGGAGAUUGAGGUGCAGAACCGCAUGUUGGCGAGUCUGGACCAGGAUGUGGAUAAGGUGGAUAAGAAGAUGAGGAUCGCGAAGAAGAGGGUUAAUGGCAUCUCGUAG